AUGUCCGAGCCGCCGUCAUCCCCCCCGAGAGCAGGAACCAGUGUGGAGGAUGCUUUGGCUUGGUAUAAAUCGCAAUACGAGGUGCUAGAGGCGGAGCUCUCCGAGUUCCAGGCCUCCAGCAAAGAGCUCGAGGCGGAGCUUGAGAAGGAUCUCGAUGCGGCAGACAAGCGGGAGCGGUCACUCCGCCAAAAGGCGGAGGGGCUGACCUUCGAGGUUGAGGAAUGGAAGCGGAAAUACAAAGAGUCCAAGUCGGAGUCCAACUCCGCACAGAAUGGUCUCGAAAAGGAAAUCACGAGCCUGCGGGACGCCAACAGGACACUCCAGCUGAGACUUCGUGACAUCGAAGUCGCGAAUGACGAUUUUGAACGACAGGCCCGGACCACCACCUCUUCUCUCGAAGAUCUCGAAUCCAAGUACAAUAUGGGCAUAGAACGAGCCGUCAUGCUGGAGGAGGAGAUCAAGAUUGGGGAGAAGGAGCGUGAACAGCUACGGGUAGAAGCGCAACGACUUCGGGAGGAGCUGUCCGACCUCAAGAUCGAAGCCGAAAUUCUGCAGGACAAGCUCAAAAAACAAGAGUCGCGGCACCUUUCCACCAUCUCGACCGAUAUUUCUUCGAUUCCCGGGUCACCAUCUUUCUGCAACUCGCCACACUCGACUGCCAGUUCGCCAAUGAUCAUGACUCCGCCGGACCUUAAGUCGCUAUCCGCCGCGGACACGGUCCCCGAGCUUCACGGUCCCCCUUCGCCACCCAUGUCGGACGCGUCUCUCCCACUCCCGAGAAUGAGUUCGUUAAAGACCCCGGGCCCGCAACGCAAGAGCCGCCUCCCCUCUGCCGAAAAUAGUACUACCCCGAAACCGAGAACGGCCACGACUUCGUCGUCUUCAGCUCGUGGGUCUCGUGCCGCGAAUGGAACCGGCCCAAUGCGGCAACCAUCCGGGCGACCGUCGGCUGCUGCUAGGGCGAGCCUCGCCGCCCGCGGCAUGUCGUCCUCAAACUCGCUGACCCAUAUCCGGACGCUUACCGCUCAAAUGCAGAAGCUAGAGGCACGUGUGCAGUCAGCGCGAUCGAAGCUGCCUGCUCCCAACGCCAAUACAAACACUCCACCACGCUCCUCGCCGAGGGGUACUAUGAUCGUGCCGCCGAGCGUCACGAUCCGCAGUCGGAAACGGGGGGCUGGGUCCAAUGCAUCCAGCCUAGCCGGCUCCGAAUCUGCGGCUUCCCAUACCCGCCACGGCACAUCCGACUCGCGCAGCAGCAUAUCCACUAGCACAACCAAGCACGUUCCCCGGCUUAGUACGUCGGGCGUCUCGCGUCUUUCCUUCGGCCCCCUGCCUAACCGCAACCCCCCGUCUGCUACCCACUCCUCCAACAACCACACCACAAACGAACCAGAUUACUCCCGCCCUAGCAGCCGCGCUAGCCUUUCCAGUUACACCCGCCCCGCGAGCCGCACCGAAUCCCACCAUUCCUCUACGACCAUGCCGCCACCCCGCCCCAUGAGCCGUGCCAGUAUGUCAGGUAACCGCACGCCGCUCGCUCGUCCCCGCAGCAGCCUCGGCAUGCACGGUCACGGGCAUAGCGGCAGUGUCAGCUAUGUCAACACGGCGGGACCGAUGGUGGAAGCAGACGAAUACACCGACAGCAUCAGCGAGAUCCCCACGCCAAGUCGACGUGGCACCUACAAUCGACUAGACAUGGAGGCGGCUGCCGCUGUUCAUUCAGGCAGCGGGAUCCCCAUGCCGUCGUCGAUUAGGCGGCAGAGCGGCGGUUCAUCAGGGAUUCCCAUUGGGAGGAGGCCUAGUGGUGCUGCUUCAGGAACGAGAGUUUUGGGAGAUUUGGGAGAGACGUAUUGA